CAAAGAGCUUAAAAUUCUUUGUCAAGAGGCCUUUUGAAGAGCCUCUCAUCCACAAGAACUAUCUGAAGAAGCCAUUAUUGUGACAAGGCGAGGAGUGAAGUAACUUGUGGGUGGGCGGGAUGAUUUAUUAGGCGAUGAAAGCUUCCGACUGCCACACUAACCAUAAAUUGGUCCAGACGACGCCUUUCAUUGGUCACGGGAACCCUCAACACCAUCAACGGCAACACCUGCAACGCUCGAGGGGUCAUAACAGGUGCUCCAGCUUGGAUAAAGUGUGAAAAACAUUACUUUGGCGAUGGCGUCUUAGUGAAACAUAUCAAGGAUUCGUCUCAUAUGAUAGUGUUUAAACAGCAGUACUGGAUAAGACAUAUCUCCAAGAUAAGCAAAGCUACAAGGAAACAUCUGCUUUAUAAGAGGAAAGCCCAUUGUAACUAUAUUCAGAGUGAACGACGCAGUGGGUCGUGUAAAGAACUAUCAUCCCCCGCCAAGGGACAACGUCGUCUUAUGCCGAACCUCUCGAAAUAGGUCGUGUGCUCCGUCAUUGUAUUAUCUAUAAAACAUAACUCCUGACAUAGGUCGCGUGUGCUCCCUCACUCUUCACAUAGGUCGCGUGUGCUCCCUUACGUAGGUCGUGUGUGCCCAUAGUCCCUAAGGUAACGCCGCCCUGCUCGAGUGGGCGCGUGCGGGCGUGGUGGUGAGACUGGAGGGCAUGAAUGGCGUGGGAGGUGGCGGGGGCCUGGGUUACCCCACGACGGAGAAGGGCGCACGCAAGCCCAAGUGUGCCCGCUGCCGCAACCAUGGUAUGAUCAGCUGGCUCAAGGGACACAAGAGGCACUGCAAGUUCAAGGACUGCACCUGCGCUCGCUGUAACCUAAUUGCUGAGCGUCAGCGCGUCAUGGCUGCCCAGGUGGCGCUGAAGAGGCAGCAAGCGGCGGAGGAUGCCAUCGCUAUGACCUUCAGAGUAGCAGCCACAGGCACGACCUGCCCCUACCUCCCUCAAGGACCCAUCUUCGGCCUCCCAGUCACAGAACCACUGGUCAAAGAUGGUGAGGUUGGUCAUGAGGACGAAUCUCGGAGUGAGGUGAGCGUAGCAUCUCCAGGCACAGUGGUUACUUCACCGGCUAUGUCUCCAACCUCUACGUCUGGUGUGACAGCCAUUGAGGACGACCCCUCGCACACCCCGCCCCGCGUGUCCUCACAUUCCUCACCUCACAUUACUGUCCACACCUCGCCUCAUAUGUCAACCCACACCUCGCCUCUCAUCACUUCCCAGAGUGGCUCUUCACAGUCCAGUAGUGAGUCCCAGCAGGAGGUGCCGCCAGUGCCAACAGCCUCCCAGGGGCAGCCUCGACCACCAACCACGGAAAGCCAGAGUACCGGUGAGAAUCCUGGAGAGGCACAGCCCAGCAGGGACACAUCCAUGGUAUGCCAGAGCCCGCUAGAAGCCAGGAAGGAAGACCCAACAAGCUUGGAUGGCAUAGAUAUUCUGAUGCGUAUCUUCCCCAGCGAGCGUCGCGGGGUACUGGAGCUGGUGUUGACAGGAUGCGGCGGGGAUCUCUUACGUGCCAUCGAGCACUUUCUCUCAGUGGGUGAGGCACUGCGCCGCCCCACUGCCGGCAUCACAGUACCCCGCCCAGCAGAACACCCGCCCCGCUCACUUUCACCGCCCAAACCCAGUCUUGGGAGCGCCAAGUCUGCCUUUACACCCCUAACCAGUAGCGGAGUGCCGCCACCCGCCCACCAAAGUUCCUAUUUGGGUGCUGGCCUGCCCCGGCCUGUCUUGUAUGGGGAAUCCCGGUUCGCCCCUCCUCUUCUUCCUCUCUCCUACCCUCACCUGCUGCCUCCCUUGCUGCCCGUGCUUCCUCCGCUGCCCCUCCACCGCCACUACCACCACUCCUCUUCCCCAGACCCUGCUGACCUGCGUGACUCUGACCUCGCACGCGUCCGGGACCACCUGCCGGAAUACCAACUCCGCCAUGACCUCUUAGGGAGGCCAGAUUUACGACUCAACCUGGACCUACGGCCUGAUCUGCGGCUGCGGUCACCUGCUGCCGAGGACAGCGCUUGAAUCAACGCAGUUCUCUGUAACUCUUGUAUUUAUAAUAAAACUGACCCCGUAAUAUAAAACAAUGUACUGAAAUCUAACACUCCUGCAGAGUAAUACCUACGUACGAAUUUGCAAUAUUUAUUGACUUUUUAUGUGUAAUUUUAGAGUUUUUAGUUGCAAAGACCAGUGAUCGGUCUUUGACCAAUAAAUCACCCAAUAAACAGUUAUGUGACACUACUUGUUGUGUGAAACGGUUGUGAUGUGGUGCUGCUGUAGUGACGAGGUGAUGUGUGCUACUGUGGUGACGAGGUAAUGUUGAUGAUGUGGUGAUGCUGUAGUGACGAGGUGAUGGUGAUGGUGAUGACGUGGUGCUCUUGUAAUAAAGAGGUGAUGGUGCUGCUGUGGUGGUCAUAUUAUGGCCUUUGUUGACUUCUUCCCAACAUUACACCAACAAAAUUUCCGUGAAAUCAACAACAAAAAAAAAAAAAAACGAGUAAUUUCAAAGAAAGAUAACGUUUUAAUUGAUACAGGAGAACAUGUUUUUCCCUCGUUUUAUAAACUUAUAAUCAUUUAUUAAUAUGUAUAUAUAAGUCUGCUUGCAUUAGCAGUGUACAGUGACCGAAAACUGACGUUAACACCUCAUAUACCACUGACGGCAGCACACAAGUGGCUCUAUCACCGUAUGUACUACUAACGGUAGUACACCAGUGGUGCUAACACCUCACAUACCAUUAACAGCAUUACACCAGUGGUGCUAACACCUCACAUACCAUUAACAGCAUUACACCAGUGGUGCUAACACCUCACAUACCACUAACAACAGUAUACCAGUGGUGCUAACACCUCACAUACCAUUAACAGCAUUACACCAGUGGUGCUAACACCUCACAUACCACUAACAACAGUAUACCAGUGGUGCUAACACCUCACACACCAUUAACAGCAUUACACCACUGGUGUUAACAGCUCACAUACCACUAGCAGCAGUACACCACUGGUGCUAACACCUCACAUACCACCAACAGCGGUACACCACUGGUGCUAACACCUCACAUACCACUAACAGCAGUAUACCAGUGGUGCUAACACCUCACAUACUACUUACAGCAGUACACCAGUGGUGCUAACACCUCACAUACAACUAACAGCAGUACAUCAGUGGUGCUAACACCUCACAUACCACUAACAGCAGUACACCAGUGGUGCUAACACCUCACAUACCACUAACGGCAGUACACCAGUGGUGCUAACACCUCACAUACCACUAACAGCAGUACACAAUUGGUGCUAACACCUCACAUACCACUAGCAGCAGUACACAAUUUGUACUAACACCUCACAUACAACUAACAGCAGUACACAAUUUGUACUAACACCUCACAUACCACUAACAGCAGUACACCAGUGGUGCAAAUACCUCACAUACCACUAACAGCAGUACACAAGUGAUGCUAACACCUCACAUACCACCAGUUGCAGUACACACGUGAUACUAACACCUCACAUACCACUAGUGGCAGUGCACAGGUGGUGCUAACACCUCACAUACCACUAGUGAUAGUACACAAGUGAUGCUAACCACUCACAUACCACUAGUAGCAGUACACAGGUGGUGCUAACACCUUACAUACCACCAGUAGCAGUACACCUCACAUACCACCGGUAGCAGUACACAAGUGGGCCUGGUACCUGUCUUAACUAGCGCCAACGAUUAAGUUAAAAUUGCUGGUAGCUAAUAUAACAAUUCCUCACAUUCUUUGACUCAUUGAAGACUGACUCAAACCCACGUUUUAUUGAGCAAACUGUAUGAGUAUCUAAUAUAUAUUGUCAGUUAGCAAAUGGUAUUCCAUAUGUAUACGAAUAAAUGAAUCUUCACUAAAUUUUAUAUAUUAACACCAUAUCAUGUAGGACUUGUUAAGACUAUUAAUUCGUAAACGUUUAUAUAACGAAAGCUGCAGUUAUUCCACGUGGAAAAAGAUAAUUAUUGACUGUAAGACGCACUUGAGUAUUAGAUGCGUCAAAAUAUUUAUCACACGAAAAUUUAUUGCUAUUUAACUUAAGGAUUUCGCUAAACACCGCAAAUUUUAUUGUAUAAUUUUAAUGCAAAUAUGGUAAUUCCUAGCCUAAACAAAAGGCGCGACUCGCCAUGUGUAGUAGACAGGUCUACACCAGGUAAGUGUUGUCAGUUUAAUGGGUGGUGUACUGAAGUAACUUGGUCAUCAUCCACUACAACUCUGAGUCAUAUGCUUACUUUUUAUGUUUCACAACCUGCUGAACAACAAACAUACUUGGUGCAUAACACAGUUUAUUUUUAUCCAUUUUUUAUGAGUUAAGAUGUUCUUGAUAUUAAUAUACAAGUGAACAGGAGCCAUAGUGACCCCCGUGCAGUCGAUAGGCUUUAAACCUAAUAAAUAAUUGAAAAAAAUAGUUUCCGUAGUUUUCUCAGUGUUUAAGAACGAGUAACCUUACCACGAUAAAAAGAACUGGUUUAUUGAUUUUAAAGUGUAACGGAUAUGCAGUGGUCUUUAAGGCUGCGUAUCUUCUGUACACAAGUUAAGAAUACUUUAAUUCCUAAGAUAGAGUAUAAAGAAGACUCAGCAUAUAUACGCUGACAGAUUCUUGGUUUGCCUAUUAGGUUUUAAUCCUAUCGACUACAAGAGAGCCAUUAAAGGCUUCAUGUCACCUUUAUAUCGCUAGUCAAGGAUAUUUUAAAUCCUAAACUAGGGAUUAAAGUAAACUCUGGGUAUAUAUACACUAUAUAUGCACAUCUUGGUUCAUAUAUACCUAGUAAAAAUGAAACAAUAAAUCGGUUUAAGACCUAGGAUACCGAGAGUAGUAACUUCGGCUCUUGUUUGUGUAUUAAAAACUGUCAGAUAAAAACUUUACAUCAAAGUAAUUUUUGUUAUUUCAUAUUUCUCCUGACUUUGUAAUCGUCAUAGUUGUGGAAGGAUUACUAUCCUUAACGACCUGACUAGAAGCGCAGAGUAAUAUACAUUAUGUUUCAGUUACCCUUCAUAGUGUUGACAUUAUCAUCUAUGACGAACAAAUCAUCUCUACUUUUCAUAUUUUGCCGUGAAUUUUGAAAUGACUUUCAUUGAAGCUAACUUUAUAUCUGAUGGACCAAGUGCAAGAGAUGGUUAGUACUUAGGGAAGUACUCUUUUACAGACCUCACUUUUAAUUAAUACUUAUAGGCAGUACAAAUCCUUUGUGCUUAUUAUUCACACUAAAUAUAAUAAACGAAUUACCUAUUUGCUGGUAAACCUUAACAGAGAUAAAUAUAUUUUUAUGCGGACCGCAGAUAUACGAUCAAUUGUACAAGAUGCCAUCAAACUGUAAAUUUCAAGUAUUCGACCUGACUAACACAGUUUGAAAUACAUGUUUAGAGUUUGGAAUUUGGUAAACUUGUGCUAGCUAAGAUGUGAAGUAAUUUACUAAGUUGCAGU